AUGUUCGGCACUAUGGGAGCCGUUGCCGCGCCGGAAGGCUGCAGAAAGCGACCUUUUCAGGAUGAUGAGACGUAUUCCAUGGCAAAUGGUCUACCGCCAAAGCGCCUCUGUGAGGGUUUCGGUGUGCUUUCGUAUGGGCAAGACAGCACCGCUGGCGACGAUAUCGGCGCGGACCUGACGACGACGAACACUCAGCCUGGCGCCAGCGGUGGCUUGGCAACGGACAACCAGUCAUACUUUCAGAUAUCCAACGAGAGGCAGCAACAUUCGGAACCGCAAGAGCGUCGGGGCCGAACUCGAUGGCGUGAAGGCAGUGAGCCGCUCGGCUGGGAUGACUCGGAGUGGACGACACCACGGAACAUGGUAGCGAGCUUUGAUGACGGUCCUGGGGCGCAGCAGAACCCUAUUCUUGACUCUGACGCCGGGACUAUCAAGGCGGAUUGUGAACGCCAUCGAGCUUGA